CCGGGUUUCAGGGCGUUACAAGACCAGACCAGCAAAUUACAGUCCAAGUAAAAACAUCCUUACACUAUGUAAUAACAAAAAAAAAAUCAAGUAAAAAUAAGAAAGAAUGGCAUGAAUAUUACUCUCCCACUUCAGAUGGACAAAAAUAUGACCACUUUAAAAUUAGACAAAAAAGUCACAUUAAAAUGCUAAACCUAACAAUAACUUCUCUCCUGAAACAAUCGACCUCACAUCUCUGUCUCUCCAUCGUGAAGACCUCACAUCUUCGCUUCUCCAUCACGAUCGACCUCACAUCUGCGCUUUGCCUCCGCCGGCCACUAGGGAAGUCCUCCUCUACUUCUCGUCUCCACCGACUGUCUCAGCCUCGCCUCCGCCGGUUGCCUCCACCUCGCUUUCGCCGGCUGCUAGGGUCCGCUGCCCAAUUUGGGGCUAUGGUGAAUCGCCUUCUUCUUCGCUCCGCACUACCUUCUUCUUCGUUGUGAAUUGUCGCCUUCGUUGUUGUCUAGCUUCAUCGAUCUCAUUCCGCCUCCCUAUUCCAGAUCUGGUGGUUGUUGAGUCACAUAGGGAAGGAGACGGGCGAGGCGGUGCGGUUUUGGUUGGGUUGCUAAGAGUCGCAGAAGGUUGGGCGACGGUGGGAUCUGGUAGAAAUUACUACUAGAGAGGUGAUUAAUUUCUACAUAGUAAUUAAUACUACCUCUGAAAUAGGGAGGCGGUGGGACAAGA